UUAAAUGAUAACUAUUAAGCCCCUUUCCCAUUCCUUUGCAGUGAAAACAUUGUUCAACCCAGCUCCUGCCAUGGCUGACCUGGACCCCCGGUUCUAUACCCUCUCCAGUGUGUUCUGCUGCAACGAAAGCGAGGCUGAGAUUUUAACAGGCCUCGCAGUGAAUAACGCCACAGAGGCUGGGAAGGCUGCAUCGGUUCUCCUAGAACGAGGCUGCCAGGUGGUGGUCAUCACCUUAGGGGCUUCAGGAUGUGUGACGCUGUCACAGGCGGAGCCUGUUCCAAAGCACAUUCCCACAGAAGCAGUCAAGGCUGUGGAUACUACAGGUGCUGGUGACAGUUUUGUGGGAGCACUGGCCUUCUACCUGGCUUACUACCCAAAUUUGUCCUUGGAAGAAAUGCUCAAGAGAUCCAAUUUCAUCGCUGCAGUCAGUGUCCAGGCCACAGGAACACAGUCUUCUUAUCCAUACAAAAAGGACCUUCCUCCUGCUCUAUUUUGACUGCUGCUAUCCCCCAAUAAAUAUAAUCUGGAAAUAAAAUGCGCAUGGGCGUGGCCACUCAUGGCUCACAAUGACUAGAAAA